CGACCAGUUCGCCGUCAUUCCGCAUCCGAUCAGAGAUGGCUGCGAUCACCGCCCUCGCCGUUCUGCCGGCUUCUUCCCAGUCCUCUCUCUUCCUCCGCCGCCUCCCCUUCGCACUCUCUGCUAAAGCCUCCUGCUACCCCUCGCCUCGGGCUUGCUCCGCCUCCCGAUCCGCCGCCAUCUUCUCCCCCAUUCCGCGCUCGUCGAUUCCCCGACCCUGGACGCGUCUCGCCGCGGCCGAGCCUGACGAAGCAAAAAUCGAGGUGGAGGUGGAAAUUGAUGGAGGAGGAGGCGCCGAUGGGUCCGAUCGCGGCUCGGAUGAUGGCGCAGGUGGGGGGAACGGUAAGAGCGGAGGCGGGGAUUCCGAGGAGAGCGAAGAGGGGGGAGCGGAUAAGGAGAAGGGGGAGAAACCGAGUGGGUUGUUAAUGUCGCAGAAGAUCACGCUGGCAUAUGCGGCCCUCGUUGGAGUUGGUGGAAUCAUGGGAUAUGUUAAAGGUGGCAGUCAGAAGUCGUUGGCUGCAGGAGGGAUCUCGGCCUUGCUACUGUAUUUCGUGUACACACAACUUCCAGUGAGGCCAGCUUUCGCUUCAUCUCUCGGUCUAGGUCUAUCUGCAGCUCUCCUCGUAGUCAUGGGUUCUCGCUUCAGGAGGUCCGGGAAGAUCUUUCCAGCAGGUGUUGUAUCUCUUAUCUCAUUGAUCAUGGUUGCUGGCUAUUCUCAUGGAAUUCUCCGUAGCUCGCAUAUCUAAUGUCUCGAUAUGAGUUUGAAUUGUAGAAACUCUUCUUUUCUGGUUCCUGUAGACUCGACUGAGCAUGUCUUGUGGACAUCUAACUUUGAUGCUUGGCAGAUAUUUUCUUCUGCAAA